UCCUGAGAUGUCUAGUCAUUUUCAAGGACAAUUGAAUCCAGCAGACAUCGUGUUUGGACCGUGUAGUGUUACCUGUGGAAUUGGAGUUCAACAAACUCUAAGAACUAAGGGCUGCCCUGGAAAUCAAAAACAAUGUGUUUUAGGCGUAAAUGAGUGUAAAAGGGACCCAGAUUGUGGUUACGGUUCGGUUGUACCACGUGGCCGCGCCAAAGCUUUGCUUUAUUGUGCUACCAUCACAUCAGGAUUCAGGUUUACAUACAGAUGGCAACGAAUUGAGGGUAAUAAUGAGCCGUUAACUCUGAAAAAUACUCGUUCUGUCAUUGAAGUGAGACGAAAGAAUUAUCCCGUGGAUUACCAGUGUGACACUUAUGAAAACGAUUUGAUCACUAGCACAGUACGAUUUACUGUGCAUCAAUCUCCAGGGUUAGAUGAACAUGCUUAUUCAAAGAAAGGCUCGCAACCCAUUUUCAUCAGUGUAGGAGUUCUGACCACAUUGUGCUGCAUUUUCCUUGUAUAUGAAUUGUACAGUAAAAUUAUGUCGAAACGCUGCAAGGAAAUAGAUGCAGAGAGCUGCCAAGGCCCAUCUGCAGAUUCUGCUCCAACCCUGGCACCACAGCCUCAACCUGAGCCAGAACCGGAACCAGAAACUGAGCCUAUAGCAGAACCUGAGCCAGAACCAGAACCAGAACCAGAACCUGAGCCGGAACCAGAGAAAGAGCCAGAACCAAAGAAAGAGUCAGAACUGGAACUAGAACCUGAACCGGAACCAGAGGUUGAACCUGAGCCAGAACCGGAACCAGAACCAGAACCAGAUACAGAGCAUGGUUCUGAGCAGGAGCAAGAAGACUGAGCCUGCUCAAGCAUAAAUGACUGACACAUAGAAAAGUGACUGCAGUACUGAUUAUGGACUUCCAUCGAUCCUCUACAUAGAAAACAAACUUUCAAACCAAAUAUACAUGUAACCAAAAAAAGCGUACUGUAGUAACUGCUUGAUCUGCCUCUCCAGCUAUCAUAUUGAAAACAC